AUGUUUGAGCGGCAAAGAGGCACUCUCAGAGAUGAGAAGGUUGUUGAGCACUUGGUCUUUGACUACCUGAAGUGCUGUUCGGGCACACCAGUGAGGAACCAGUUCAGGUGCCUAGCAGCCCUGGCGGUGGCCUUCGUCUUCACGAUCUUUGCCUCGGCCUUCGCGGAUGAGGCACUCAAGCGAUCUCUAUUGCUGGCCUUUUCGGAGUUCUACGUCGAACGCAUUGUACAUCCGACAGGCUGCGACCAGUGGACCUUCUUAGCAGAAGGCCACGGUGUGGUGGACCAGAAGCUCAAGAAGAUGGGGGUGGAGAAGGCACGGCAUUCCCUUGGAGACGACCAGAGGAACCGGGUGGUGCUGAUUUGGUUGGUUUUCAUUGACUUGAACGAAGAAAAGAGGAAUGCAUUGGUGGAUAGUCGUGAACAGAACAGCUCUGGGAUCGACCUCGUUUCACGAGCCACCUGGAAGGUGCUGGGCUCUGGGGAGGACUUCCGCAUAUGGCCACCUGGAAAGAUGGGCACAUGGAUUAUGCAGAUGGUCCAUGUGGUUUUUACCGUGCGCGGAGCCAUCAAGUUCAAAGGUGCCCACGUGACGCUUCGGAUCCUUCAGUGCGCCACGGGGUCGCGGGAGUCGGGGUCGGCGCAAGAGGUCCUCCUUCGGAAGGCACGUGCGUUGGAUGACACGCUGGGCGACGCCUUCGGGGAGGACGAAGACACGGCAGGUGAGCUCGAGCUCCCUCGGCCGGCAGUCCAAGAUCCGAAGGUUGAGGAUUUCUCGGAACAGCUGAAGAGCUCCAGCGAGGAGUUUGAGAAGUUCCGAAGUUCCUUGCGUGCGCAGCAUGGCCCGCUCUUCCGGCGCUAUGCGAACCUGCGGAACAGCGAGCGCGGCGUGGAGGGCGCUAAGCCUCACACGAGUUUGCUGAGCCAAACAGUCGCUGCGAUGGUCCAGCUGGCUGACCUUCGCUUGGAGCGCCAGGACGAUGCCAGUCUGGUGACUGCGGCACUGGAACUUUUUGAGGUGCUCUGCGGCGCUGUACAGGCUUUACCCCAAGAUUUGCCACCAGAGGCCUUCAUGGACGGUUUGCGUCAACGCUGGCGUUUGGGGGACUCUGAGGAGGAGAAAGGCUGGGAGGCCUGCGCCGCCCAGGCAGCGGAGCUCUUCCGACUGAAGGACACUGUGGCCUCCCUCUAUGCCUGGGGCCUUCUGCCGAGGAAAACCGGUCGUCAACUCCUCGAUGCCAUGACGCAGGAGAUGAAGAUGGCACCCCGGAUUCUGGAUCCCAUCGCGGGCACCGGACUUCACGCCGCCCGGGGGACCCGGUUCUUUGGGGUGAUCUUGGCAGACUCAGUGCAUGGGGGAUCCACCCAGAGCAGUGGUGCGGACACGCAAUACUUGCAGCAGUGCAUCAGCUCAGGCUCCUCCGCCCGGGCAGCCGCAGCCGCUCAGACGGCGGCGGCGCAGGCAGCGGUGGCUGCCGCCGGGCCGGCGCUGGUCUGGGCUGAGCUUCAGCACCUCGACAUUUUCGAUGCGGGAGAGGCUGCUGCGGCUUGGUGGCAACAGCACGGUGAGGCGCCGAACGCUGUGCUGAUGCUCUCCUUCCCACCACCGCCGCCUUCGGAGGUGGCCGAGGCGGCCCUGCGUCGUUUCGGAGGACGCUGGGUCCUGUUCAUCGGCGAGUGGCGUGGCUGUACUGGUUCAAAGGCUUUCUUCGACCGCUUGGAGGCCGAGUGGCGCUUGCUUGGGACCUUUGAAGUGCCCCGCUGGCCGAUGAUGGAGGACAAGGCCUAUUUCCUCGCACGGAGCGAAGAUCGACCAGUGGAAAAGAGUUGCUUUCGGGUUCCUGGCUGUGGUAGUCAUACGCGUACCCCUUUCAUUUGCGGGUGGGCUAAAUCAAUUUUGGAAGAUAUGAGCUCUUCUUCAUUAGCCGUUCAGUCUCAUUCAGAAAAAGCUAGUGCAAACUAA